AUGAACUGGUUAAUCGGACAGAGCCACACCUUUCCCACCACGAUUUAUGUCAGGGCGAACAAUCGGGGGCAAAUACAGAUUUCGAGGCUCACCGAGCAUGAAAAAUUAACGACAGCGCAGCUGAAAGAUUUGAGUAAUGAGAUUUUGCUGCAACGAAAGCUUCGUUCGACGCAUAUUGUGAGGAUUCUUGGGAGCAAGGUCGUUGGCUCUAGAAUAUGUGUGGAUACGGAGUAUUGUCAAUUUGGAUCGAUAAGCGACAUUAUCUCAGCACAUUUUCAACACGGCCUCGAUUUGCAAGCAGUAAGCCUAAUUGCUCGCGGCGUGGCUCUUGGUUUAGAUUACCUCCACUCGAACGAAAUCGUGCACAGAUCGCUGCGUGGCUCCCACAUCCUCGUCAAUUCCAAGGGCGUCGUAAAACUCUCCGGAUUUCGCUACUCGAUUGAUUUGACGCGCCAGCGAGAGAAAAAGAAGAGCUUCAAAUAUGUCUAUGAUCCAGAAGGGCUACCAUGGCUGGCUCCAGAGAUUUUGGAACAGAAUUGCUGCGGAUUUGGGCUUUUAUCCGAUAUGUACAGCUUUGGAAUCGUCCUCUGCGAGCUACUAAACGGCAUUGUUCCUUUUUCAAACAACCCAGCGACGCUUAUCAUGCUUGAUAAGCUACGCGGCCGCCAACCAGUCGUCAUGGACAAGUCGACCAUGGAAGACGUAGAAAACGCGUACCAGGACCCAGUCUACGAGCCUUACGUGACGAGAAAAAUCCCGAAAGUCUGGCAUUUACUUGUGUCAUCGUUGACCACCAGAGCGCCUGAAAAAAGAUUGACUGCCAAGGCAUUUCUCAGAAAUAAUGGGUUGAAAUUUACGCAAGGAACUCUUGUCGAAAAACUUCUUCCAGUUCAAGCGAUGACUCUGAAUCAUUUGCGAAAUAAUGAUCCAGACUACUUCCCUAUCACAGAUGAGAUCAGAGAACCCAGUUUUGAGCAAGCCAAGUGGAUUUUUUCGAACUGA